AUGCGGAACGAAAUUCCACCAACGUUUGUCGAUUCAUGUUGGGGUACGGACCAGGAAGAAGCUUUACGGCACAGAUUCCUUCACAAAGAAUGUCCAGGACGCUGCAAGGAAAGCGUUCCCGGCUCUAACACCGAGAUCGAAGUUUGCUUUUGCAUACGCGAAGACAAAAUCAAGCUAUUUCGUCAGCUCAAGUUAGGUCGCUAUAGCACUAUGCCCGAAGAAGGAAAAGAAUUUAUUCCCGAAGCAUCUACGAAAUUCGUCCAAAUAUCUCGCGAAGAGCUCGAAGAAAUGCUGGCACAAGCCCGCAGGAGCUCAACAUCAGCAGCGAGCGGUCUACAGCCUACGGUCCCUUCGUCAUCCUCGAAACCGGUAUUCACUAAACCUGGCCUGGCCAGGCAAUUCGAAUUCAAUUCAAGCGUCCUUAAUAUUUUGACGCCUCUGAUGGAGUGGGCUCCGGACGACUUCGACAUAAGGAGCAACCUUUUCCGGGCUAUCACUUUACUGACACAAAGGAAUGAACUAUUGACUAUAGCCGAUACUGAUCCAGACGUAUUCGAUUUCUACGACCAGCAUGCGAAAGCGGAAAGCAUGCAAACUACUAAUCCUAUUCUGGCAGCUUUUUUUAAGAGAAAAAGAAAAAGAAAGAAGAAAAGAAACCCGCAGUCCCGCGCACAGCAGCGUGGAAGACUAGGAGGCACCCGUACAUGCCUCCCAGUCAGCCAUUUCGUCUCAUGGGGUGGCAAAAUCCACAGCAACAAGGAUUCCAGGGGCGUCCAAGGCCCAACUGUUACCACUGUGGCCGCUUCGGCCAUUUCGCGAGAGACUGUAAAGGACCUCCAAAACAGUGAAAAUGUCUUUACAUCUUUCUUCCUUCAUUCGCGAUGUGAUUUCGAGCGGUUAUUACCAAAAUGUAUUGAAGCUCCCAAGCUAAUGUGGGUGAGAGAGAAUUCCUCAUCAGCAUAUGAGAAUUAUAAGUUUGUUGAUGAUGAAAUUGAAAAGUUAUUAGCGUCCGGCGCCAUUCUCGAGGUAGACUUUCAGCUCAGACAUUCCAUAAGAGUUAAUCCACUUUCGGUUGCUAAAGGGAAGAAAUCGCGUUUGAUUCUAGAUCUUUCAGCGCUAAAUAAAAGCCUAGAAAAGAGUAACAUCAAAUUCGAGGACUUAGCGAAGGUUCUCCCUUUGUCACCUAGGGGAGGCUUUAUGGCAAAUUUUGAUCUCAAAUCAGGUUACCAUCACGUAAAGAUUCACCCCCACUGGACUAAGUUUCUGGGUUUCAAAUGGAGGGGGAGAUACUUUGCCUUUUUGGUAUUACCUUUUGGUCUGUCGACUGCGCCAAUGGUGUUUACAAAACUAAUGAGACCGUUAUUAGCUAAAUGGCGAUCUCAAGGGAUAAGUAUUGCCGUCUACCUUGACGAUGGUCUAAUUUGGGCAGAGUCCGCACACAGGUGCAAUGAGUGCGUCCAAGUCGUCCGAGAAGACCUCUAUAAUGCCGGCUUUCUAGUGGUCGAGGAAAAGUGUACCUGGAUCUCGCUCCAGAAGUUGAAUUGGUUAGGUCACAUAAUAGAUUUGAAAUCGUUUUCAUUGAAUCUUUCACAGAAAAGAAGACUAAAAUGUCGUAAGUUGGCCUCUGGGCUUUUGUCUAAACGACCUUCCAUGUUAGAUCGAAUGAAAUGGCAAGGAACAUUAGCCUCUAUGCAUUUAGUUAUUCCUUUAGAAAAAAGAGGAUUGUGGAAAGCAGUGGUCACUGCUAUCGCAAAGAAGGACCAACUAGGGACGGCUCCGAUGUAUAGAUGGGCGUUAAAUCAAGCAGAAAGAGAUGAGAUCAUAGACAACCAUAACAAGAUAUCCUCUUCAAUUAAUUUACUACAAGAGUUACUCGGCUCAUCCAGUACAGCUAGAGAACUCUUUGAUAUACUAGCAGGGCUACAAGCUUUUUCGGGUUAUCUCUCUAGCGAGGAAGUUGUCUGGCACUGCGACAACCAGACAGCCAUCGCUAUUCUAAAGAAGGGCAGCACGAAACCUGACCUUCAAACUGUGGCCCAAGACAUUAGGAAACUUUGCGAUAAUUUGCAUGUGAAGAUAGAAUUCGUAUGGAUUUCACGAGAAUUCAAUACAGAGGCCGACGAAGCCACUAGAGAGACUGAUUUAGACGACUGUGUAUAA